CACAUUUGUUUCUUUGCAUUAGUUUUUUAUUCACUUUUAAGCCUGUGUUUUUCUGUGUCUGUUGUUUGUAUCCGGUUUUAGGUUUUGUAUGUUCUGCAUUUCUUAUGUUUUUGGUAGAAGAAAAUAUAUCCCUAGAUGAGCAACUCGGUGAUAAUACCAGUCCACACGUCGAGCUGCACAGAAUUAUGUUUUCUAUUUCAAAAAGGGUAGAAGGCGACAAACCACCUCUUGUUGAAUUGCUUGAGUUUUUUUAUCCAACUGUGCAAAGAGCAGCUGAAGGCGUCUUGGCGACACUGGAAUUCAAAAAUGAUGAAAAUAAGAAUCAGAUAGAAGUCGUGGUGCUAAUGAUAACGAUUCAAAUCAUUGGGGAAAGAAAGUAGAGGAGGGAAUGGGAAUGCUACUUCAACAAAACUCAAGGCCGGGUCUAAUCUUUUUGGGGAAGCUAGACCCAGGGAAAAGGUGUUAAAGGAGAAGGGGUAGGGCUGGAAGGAGAUUGACCAAAAGCUGGGGUCUUUAAAGGAGAUUGACCAGGAAGAAUAGCUUUGGGAGCAGCAGUUGACGUUUCUUCUCUCCUGACUCCUAAGGGAAGAAUUGAGAAGAGUUGGAGGUCUUGAGGUAGUACAUGAUGCUCGGCCUUCCAGGUGAACUCACCUCAAAUAACUUUGGGCCUGCUCGCUUAAAUUGAGUUCAGUCUUUGUCCGCACUGAUGGAACAAAUGCUUGCUUUUAUGAUGCAAGAGUGUUGGAACAAUGUUUGCUUUUAUGUUUCUUACUUAUUUCAGUUGUCCCUUUCGUAUAUUAAUUUUGCAUUCCUUUUGUUCCCAAAUUUUGUAUCUCCCGUUGGGCAUGACAACCGCGCAACGCGCGGGUCGCAGCUAGUAUUCUUAAUAAACGCCAAGAGAAGAGGAUGACUUGGAUUUUCAAAAAAAAAAAAACUCAGGAGGCAGUAAGACUCAAAAUGUUUCUGAAAAUUCAAAAUAUCUUUGCUCCAAGUCUUGAAGUAAUUUCAAGGAUACUCAUUCUAGUUUUGAAAGUCAGUCACUAAAUUCUUCCACAGACAAGUCUUCUAAGUCUUCUUCUGAUGGUUCUAAUCAUGUGAAUACUCAUUCUGAUCUAGUGCUUCUCUUAGUGCAACCAAGCAAUCUAAUACUUCAAGUCAUCAUUGUGAUGUGAGUAGUGAUGGAAAUCUAAACAGAAAUGAUUUAAAGCUUCUACCUAUGAUGUUUGUGAUGCAACUCAACUAAAAUAUCCCCUCAAGGUUUAUUCAAUCAAACAUUUGAAACGUCUAUCAAGGGUGUUGGGAUAUUAGGUCCAGGCCCAAUAUCCCUAGGCCCAAAACCUGGGAAGAAGCAGCAGGCCCAAGGCAGUCCAAAGAACUCCCGAACGGCAUUCGGGAUAAAUUUUCUACUUGGAACAUUCCAGGAAACACUUACGCCAAAGUGCCAAUGCCCAGAUACCGAUCGGCGUUCGAGAUACUUCCAUAACAAGAUAACACCUAUGGCGGGGUCCCACACACCGAACACCUUGCCCGAACGGCAGUCAGCAAGUGGAAGCCGCAUUUAAUGCUGGAUCAUGACGGCUGCAAGUGGGGGCAUGAGUGCUUACAUGGCAGAGGUGACAGCCUACCAGAUUCGGCCACGUGUCCACCUUACCCAUCCCCAUUUUAGUAUAAAUACCCAUGUUUAGAUCAUUGUAAAGGGUUAGCAUUUUGAUACUCAGAGCUUAGUAAUAGAUUUAUAUCUCUUAUCCUUGUAUUCUCAUAACCAUCUACCGUCCGGGUAGUUCCAGUGUAAUAGCAUAAUUAUUGAAUACUAGUAAGCUCCUGAGUUGGAUAAUAUCUCACUGUUUUAUAUUUUAUACAGUUUUCAACCCAACCCAAUAUCCCUACAAUAUCCAAGGCUUGUGUUGGGCUUUCGGAUCUUUCGGAAUAAACCUCAACAAAGGGAGAAAAUCUUUACUUCUCGAAGUCAUCAUGUCCCAUCAUUUACUUGCGCUGAAACU